AUGUGUCCAACUCAAUUAUUCUUCAUCUCUCUUCUUCUUUUGUUCAUCAUCAACUCCAGUAGAGCUGAUAAUACUACGCCAUUUGGUUAUUGCCCUUCAUCUGUUUGCGAUAAUGGACUUAAUAUUUCAUAUCCUUUUUGGAGACUUGACAAGUACAACUCCGCCUCUCCACAAUACUGUGGUUAUCCAGGAUUCGGGAUCAAUUGCUCUCAAACUGAUUCAAUUUUGUACAUUUCUGAUGACUUUUUCAAUGUUACGAAAAUUGACUACGAUAACUCCUCCCUUACCCUGGUGGAUAUUGAUGGUGUUGAUCACAUAGGAUGCCCGAGAGUACAUCAUAACCUUACUCUGAAUGACGACUUUCCAUUGGAAUAUUCGGAGCUUGAUUUGUACCUUAAUUUCUAUUUCAACUGUACCGUUUCCCUUCCAGAUUCUGCUGAUCGGUUAGAUUGCUUAACAUCAAGCGGAAACAAUUCAUAUUUUUAUGUUGGGGGUCAUGAGCCGGAAGAUUUUAAGUGGUAUGGAAUUUGUGAGAAGAAAGUGGUGGUGCCGGUGAUGGAUGGUGGGUUCAAUAGAGGAGUUGGUACGGCGAUUGGAGAGGGAUUCGUACUAGACUGGCAGAUCGCAAAGGAGUGCAGAAAGUGUGAGGCAUCAGAAGGGCGUUGCGGUUACCACAAUUCAAAACACGAGUCGUUGUGCUUCUGCAAUGAUGGCACCAUAAAGUUUGAUACCUGCGAAUCCCAAGGUACGCAAUUUUUAACUCAUUUACAUGACUAG